AAUUGGCUGCUGGGGUAGGACCCUCUGGCAAGAGUUUAGACGCUUGACCCACUUAUCACCCCUUUCCGCGAACGCACCCCUUCUACUUUUAGCCUCCCCUGGGUCUCAUCCCUCACCUCUACUAUUUCCGCAGCUUUCUUCAUGUUCAAAAACGGCCCCCUGAGUUAAGACACUCAAAGGAAAUCCUUUAUUAGAAAGAAAAAACGUCCGUCAUGAUGAUGGGCAGCGCCCGCGUGGCCGAGCUGCUGCUGCUCCAUGGCGCGGACCCCAACUGCACCGACCCCACCACCCUCACCCGACCCGUGCACGACGCCGCCCGGGAGGGCUUCCUGGACACGGUGGUGGCGCUGCACCGAGCCGGGGCGCAGCUGGACGUGCGCGACGCCUGGGGCCGCCUGCCCGCGGACCUGGCUGAGGAGCGGGGCCACCGCGACGUCGCCCUGUACCUGCGCGCUGCCGCAGGGGGCAUCGAAGGUGGUAGCCACCUCGGCACAGACGCCGCGGAGGGUCCCGCAGACAGCCCCGACGUAUAGAAUCGCUGAGACGCUUUACGACAUUUCGAUCUUCAAUCAUAGAAGACAAAAAUUACCCCACCCCACCUAAUCUUUCCCUGCUUAGUUCCAAAAUAUCUUAGUUUAUGAAAUAGCGCUUUUUUAAAUCUUGGAGAACUUCUCCGCAUAUAUCCCUGCGCCUUUCCCUAAAUUUCCAUUUGUAUUUCCAUUUAUAUAUUCUUAUAAAAGUAAAAAGCAGCAACCCCA